UAGUUUACCCACUAAUUUUCAGUAGUACUCAACGUAGAGUAUAUAGCCCCUGCUCCGUCCUCUUCGUCUUCUUCGCCAAUUUUGCCCACACAAACCCCUCGUUCUCCUCCUCAAUACAAGCUUCCUAUCACAUUUUUCUCUGUGUUUUUGCAUCUUCCCGCCAAUUUUGUACCCUUCUGUGCAUUCGUUCGUGUGAGCUCUUAUGUGUCAGAUAAAUUCGAGGAUUCACUCAGCAAUUUCGGAAUUUUUUGCGAGGAAACUAUCCCUGAAACUGGGAGUAUUAGAAGGAAAUUCACUGGGAUAAUUACGAUGCGAGGAAGUACGGGGCGUGGAGCUGUAAAACGAAAGUUGCUAGAUUUCAGCGAUUGGGGUAACGCAGGCGACGCCGAAGAACAGGUAGAGGAGAAAGAGAGGGUGCCACUUCGAUCAAGUUACGUUUAUGGUCUUGAUAUGAUUGAACACCGAGCAUUUCCGAUUUCAGGAUACAAAUUUUGUGGACGGGACCCCACUACAUAAAGAACUAUCAGUUUCAGCAUGAGACUACUGCCAUGUAAAUGGAGGCAGAUUUCCUUGUUCAGGCCUUCAUUCCAAGCUUGUUGCUCUCUGUAUUCUACAGAAACAACUACUCCCAAGUAUUACUUAGAUGGAGUUGAAAAUGAGGAAAAGGAAAUUGAUUUCAAUCGACUAUUCCUUCGCUGCACAAAAGUACACCUCGCUAAGCAUCUUCAUACCCUACUUGUGGUGUCUGGGAAGGCUCAGAGCAUAUUUCUUUCUGCUAAACUCACCAAUCUUUAUGCUUUUCUUGGCGACAUAUCAUCCUCUCGCCGUACUUUUGACCAGAUUCAGGCAAAAGAUGUCUAUACAUGGAAUUGUAUGAUAUCUGCAUAUGCACGAAUCGGCCACUUCCAUGAAGCUGUAGAUUGUUUCUAUGAAUUUAUGUCAACUUCUAUUCUUCAGCCUGAUUAUUACACAUUUCCUCCUGUAAUAAGAGCAUGUGGAAAUCUAGAUGAUGGGAAGAAGAUACAUUGCUUGGUUCUAAAGUUGGGUUUUGAAUGUGAUGUAUUUGUUGCUGCUUCUUUGAUCCAUUUUUAUUCUCGGUUUGGCUUUAUCAGCUUAGCCUGUAACUUAUUUGAUAACAUGACAAUUCGAGAUAUUGGUACUUGGAAUGCAAUGAUUUCAGGGUUUUGUCUUAAUGGUAAAAUUGUGGAGGCAUUGGAAGUCUUUGAUGAGAUGCGACUUAAGAGUGUGACUAUGGAUAAAGUAACAAUCUCAAGUCUACUUCCUAUUUGUGCGCAGUUGGAUGACAUAAUAAGUGGCAUCCUAAUUCAUGUCUAUGCCAUUAAGCUCGGGUUAGAAUUUGACUUGUUUGUGUCCAAUGCAUUGAUAAAGUUGUAUGCCAAAUUCGGUGAACUGGGAAGUGCAGACAACAUUUUCAAUAAAAUGGAAGUUAGGGAUGUUGUAUCUUGGAACUCAUUGAUUGCUGCAUUUGAGCAGAAUAAAGAGCCAAUGGUGGCACUUGAAGUGUAUCAAAAGAUGCAUGCAAUCGGGAUUGUGCCCGACUUGUUGACACUUGUGAGUUUGGCUUCCGUAGCUGCUGAACUUGGAAAUUUUUUAAGCAGUAGGUCUAUCCAUGGAUUUGUUACAAGGAGAGGUUGGUUUCUACAAGAUGUUGUCAUUGGUAAUGCAAUUAUAGACAUGUAUGCUAAACUGGGUUUUAUAGGUUCUGCACAAAAAGUUUUCGAAGGACUUCACAUCAAAGAUGUGGUCACAUGGAAUAGUUUGAUUACAGGUUAUUCUCAAAACGGUUUCGCAAAUGAGGCAAUUGAAGUGUAUCAUUUGAUGAAAGAGUAUAGUGAUGCAGUUCCUAAUCAGGGCACUUGGGUGAGCAUUCUAACAGCAUACUCCCAAAUGGGAGACUUGAAACAAGGGAUGAAAACUCAUGGUCAGCUGAUAAAAAAUUGUCUGUACUUUGACAUCUUUGUGGAUACUUGUCUUAUUGAUAUGUAUGGAAAAUGUGGAAGAUUAAAUGAUGCAAUGUCUUUAUUCUAUGAAGUACCGCAUAAAAGUUCGGUUUCUUGGAAUGCGAUCAUAUCAUGUCAUGGACUCCAUGGAAACGGUUUAAAAGCUGUUGAGUUAUUUCGGGAAAUGCAAACUGAGGGUGUGAAGCCCGAUCACAUCACUUUUGUAUCUCUAUUGUCUGCUUGUAGCCACUCAGGUUUGGUUGAUGAGGGUCAAUGGUGCUUCCAGUCGAUGCAAGAGACGUAUGGGAUAAGUCCUAGCUUGAAGCAUUACGGUUGCAUGGUCGAUUUGUUUGGUAGAGCUGGCCAUCUCGAAAAGGCUUAUAAUUUUGUUAGGAAUAUGCCAAUACAGCCUGAUGCGUCUGUGUGGGGUGCACUUCUUGGUGCUUGUAGGAUACAUGAGAAUGUAGAGCUGGUUAGAACUGUUUCAGAUCACUUGUUGGAGGUUGAAUCGAAGAAUGUUGGCUACUACGUUUUGUUAUCGAAUAUUUACGCGAAACUCGGACAAUGGGAAGGAGUUGACGAAGUACGAUCGUUAGCUAGAGACCGGGGAUUGAAGAAGACUCCUGGGUGGAGUUCAAUUGAAGUGAACAAGAAAAUUGACGUGUUUUACACUGGCAACCAGACACAUCCAAAAUGUGAGGAGAUAUACAAAGAAUUGAGGCUUCUGACUGCUAAAAUGAAGAGUCUUGGUUAUGUUUCAGAUUAUAAGUUUGUAUUGCAGGAUGUGGAGGACGAUGAGAAGGAGAAUAUCCUCACUAGCCAUAGCGAGCGAUUGGCAAUGGCAUUCGGGAUCAUCAGCACACCACCGAGAACCACUCUUCGAAUCUUCAAAAACUUGCGAGUUUGUGGGGACUGCCACAACGCCACCAAGUUCAUAUCUAAAAUUACUGAAAGAGAGAUCAUCGUGAGGGAUUCGAAUCGUUUCCAUCAUUUUAAAGACGGAGUUUGUUCUUGUGGUGAUUAUUGGUGACAUUUUCAACAAGAACAUACAAUAUUCACUUUAUUCAUUUUUGUGCCAAGACAUGUGAAGGGCAUACAGGGCACAAUUUUGCUUUUAUAUUUUGGCAACUUGCAUUCGAGUGAAUAUGGAGCUGCAUUUCUAACACAUUUUUCACCAGUUUUGUAAUGAAUGUUGUGAAGUUGAAUUUGUCACCCAUUAAUUUAUCUAGUGUAUGUUAUUUUCC